AUGGCAAAAAAAAUUCAAGAAAAAAUACCCAGGAAAAAUUUGGAUUCAAUAUUACAUGAUGAUACACUUGAUAUAAAACUUGAACCGACAGAUCCUAAUUAUAGGUUUCGAAAAGCCAUCAAUAGAAAGAUGAAAAAACUAGAAAAAUUACUUUAUAGUGCUGAUAUUGAUAUGAGACUUGUACCUGAUCCUAGAUAUGAAAUAGUUAGAGAACUUGAUAGCCAAAAUUUAUCUACUAAAGCUGAGAAAGAAGAUGGUGAAGAAGGUGUUGAAGAAUCGAAUUUACCAAUAACAGAAUAUGAUAUGGACAGAGUUAGAAGUACGAUCAAACAAUUUGUUAGGGAAUGGGCAUCAGAACGAGAUGCGGCAUAUAAACCUAUUAUAGAAGCUUUACUUGAAUUUUAUAAAGAUGUUCCAAUUGAAGAAAGAAAAAAUAUUCAAGUGUUAGUUCCGGGCGCUGGAUUAGGAAGAUUGGCAUUUGAUAUAGUAAACCAAGAUCAAUUAGUGCCUGUUUAUAUACCAGAUGUGAUGCCUAGUAGUAUCCCACCUGAAUCUGAUUUUUCAAUGGUGGCAGGAGAUUUUACAGAAGUUUACGGUGACAAUCAACACAUAGGCAAGUGGGAUUGUAUAGUUACCAGUUUUUUUAUAGAUACUGCUAAAAACAUUAUAGAAUAUAUCGAACUCUUUCAUCGUAUUCUUAAGCCCGGAGGAUUAUGGAUUAAUAUCGGUCCAUUAUUGUAUCAUUACGAGAAUACACCCGGUGAGAUGUCGAUUGAGUUGAGUUUAGAAGAGGUUAAAAUGGUUGUGAAAAAAACUGGAUUUCAAUUUCAGAGGGAAAACAUAUUUCAAUCAACCUAUACAAUUAAUCCAAAUGGAAUGUUAAAAUAUUUAUACGAUUGUGCAUUUUGGACAUGUGUAAAACAAUAA